CCGAUCAGCAUCGAGCCGAGCUUGUCUGGGCUCCACUAGAUGAACUGGAGGAAAAACCAGAUUAUCAAGAGAAAGUGGAAGACCUCAUGCACCUGGCAUGCUCCAGUAUUUUGUGCGGAGGAGGCACCAACCAGGAGUUAGCCCACCAUUGUUGUACGAGUGCAAAGGGGAUAUAAUGGCUGCCCUGUCCCUCCUGAUGCUGAAAAAUCCGAUUUUCUCCAAGUCACAUCACCUGGCGAGCUACCAUUACUCAGGUUCAGACAACUGGACAGCAGCUGAGAGACGCCAGUUCAACAAAGGCAUCUCUGCAUACAAGAAGGACUUCUUCAUGGUGCAGAAACAGGUUUCUACUAAGACGGUGGCGCAGUGCGUGGAGUUUUACUACACAUACAAGAAACAUGUGAAGAUCGGUCGUAACGGAACACUGAGCUACGGUGAAGCAGAGCCCGAAAACAAAAGCACGGAGGAGGAAACGGACCAUAAGCAGGGUCCACAGAGAGCUGAGCCCAGGGACGAGGACAGCAGGAAGUGGGAAGGGUCAGCUGAGCGGAAAGCGGACGUCGGCCCCACCAGGGUGACACACACGCUGCAGUCCACCGACAAUCCUGGGACCGUCCUGAUCAUGAAGAGCCAGGAGGACAUAAAGCGGGAGCCGCCUCUGUCCCGGGUCAUCCAGAUCCCACACCCACCGCCCCCCAGCUCCAAACCCCGCUACGACGGCAACGCACGCAGGACCAGCCCUUCGACCGGCAACAAAGGCCCCGCCGGACAGGAGGGAGAGUUCCCCUGCAAGAAAUGUGGCAGGAUUUUCUACAAGGUCAAAAGUCGCAGCGCUCACAUGAAGAGCCACGCAGAGCAGGAGAAGAAGGCCGCCGCCCUGCGCCAGAAGGAGGCGGAGGAGCGCGCAGCGGCGAAGGCUGCCGCCGAGGCCGCCGCCAUCCUGGCCGCUCGGCAGCAAAAUGGGACUCGGCAGAUGGGCGGGGACAGCACCAACGACGACUCAUCGGAAGGGGAGGACGAAGAUGACGAGGACUGGCAGUGAGAGGAAGGAUGGAUGUGAAUGCUGACUGCAGCACGCAGCGGGGCUUAACACUCAGAUCAAAAGCCAACGGAACGAAGAACAGUGAAGAUACAGUUGACUUUGUGUAUAUUUUGUGGAACAAGACUUCCCUAGCUUGGCUUAUUCAGGGACAUUCAACCCCAUUCUGAGUGUGAAUGUGCAGAGCGGGUGAAUGUGUGGGAACAUCUGAGUGUGUCUGUUCUUUCCACAACUCUACUACACCCCUUUACUCUUGCUUGAAAAGCGUUUCCAGAGUUACCUCUCCCGGUCACAGGGCUCGGUGAAGUCAAAGCCAUGCCGCUUCUCUGCUGUCGUCCCGCCCCCCUGUGCCAGGCCGCCGCCUACCUUCAGCACUUUCUGCAACUCAUUCUCACCUGGAAUUUGUAAGACCCUAUUUUUUUCCUCCCAAAAUGAGCCACGGCACACAUUCGCAUCAGCUGCGUCCCUGCCUACCUACCUACCUACCCGCCGUCCAGCAUCGGAUGAACCUUUUUUUAUCGCAAUGUUUGAAAUCUGACAGCUGGGCGCGACGAAGCCGGAGGGGCGUGUGCUAUAAGGGUAGAUCACACAACAGACAGACACAUGGAAGGACGGACGGACGGGUGGCAUGUGCAAACUGUUGCCUCGGUUUAGCCGCUCUCCUGCACUCAAGGCCGCCAAAUGCUUUGUCUGACGCAUGAUGUGCACCAAAUGAGCCCCCUCCUGUGGGCGCCGUUCAUUUGGGCUUUUGUUCUGUGAACCCCCUCCCACUCAGAAGUCACUUUUUAUAGUUCCCAGUUUGUUCCUCACUGUUGAUGCCUUGGAUGUUUUGACGCUUUUUAUCUCGAAAUGACAAUCAAUUUUACACUGUUUUUUUUUUUAAAUAUAAAUAUACAUAUACAGGUCAAUGUUACUUUUUCUGCCUGUGUAGCUAUAUAUGGUUGUUGUUGUUUUUGUGAA